GUUCCAAUCUUCUCAUCUCUCUCCCAACAUCAUUCAGUCGACCGACCAUACAUAUAGCAUUAUAGCCACAUUCUUACAUUCUUACAUCUGCAGCAACACGUACACCAUUCCUUGCUUACAGUACUUCCUCAUGGCGGCCAAGCAACAUUGCUCAACCAAGCCAGCAUCAUCAGGAGCAGGAGCAGCUGCUGCAGGCGACUUGGACCCCAAGUUCGAGUGGAUCGAGAACGCCACGAACUACGUCCUCCGCAUCAACCUCUCGGGGUUCAAGAAGGACGACUUCAGGGUGCAGGUGGACGGCGCCGGCAGGCUCACCGUGCGCGGCCACCGCCCCGCCUCCGGCCCGAGCUUCCACAAGGUCUUCCAGCUUCCUUCCACCGCCAGCCUCGACGACAUCACCGGACGCUUCGACGCCAGCGUGCUAACGCUCACCGUGCCCAAGCGAGCUGCUGCAGCCGCGCCGGCGCCACCGACGACCAUCGAGGAGAUCAGGAAGCCCAAGGCCAAGGAGGAGGCGGCGGCUCCCAAGCCACCGCCAACAGAAGGAGCCGAGAAGAAGGAAGCCGCCGGCGUGAAGCCGAAGGAAGAGACCGACAAGGAGGGCGCGUUGAAGAAAGCGCUGGACGAGGACACGAGGAAGGCUGUUAAACAGAAGGAGCAGGAGGAGGACAGACGCAAGCAAGAGCAAGAGCAAAAGCCAUCGCCUGCUGCGAGGGAAGAAGAAGUGAAGCCCAAGGCGACCGAGGCGGCAGCAGCCGCUCCACAGGAGAAGCCGAAGCCGGCGGUGGCGAAGCCGGCGGCGCCGCUCAAGGAGCCAGACGUUGCCAGCGGCGAGAAGCCCAGGCAGGCGGUUGACCGAGAGAGCCUAGCGGAGAGAGUGAGGCAGCGCAGCGAAGAAGAGAAGGCCAAGGCGGCGGCUGCUGCUGCUGCCGCCGCAGCUGAGCAAAAGAAGAUGACGUCGGCGUGCGUUGCUUGGAAAGAGCGUGUGGCAAGCGAGCUGGAGGAGCUCGCGGAGAUGAAGUGGGCGCAGGGUCUGGUGGAGACGGCGAGGAACAACAAGGAGGUGGUGGCCACCGCCAUCGCCGCCUUCUCUCUCGGCUUCUUCGUCUCCCAGAAGCUCUUCUCCAGGAAGUGAGCAGUACUGCAGUAGUCCAUGAGACCCUCAAUCGACCAUGCCACAUAUCUACACGACCUCACACAUGCAUGUGGAUAAAUGUACUCAUGUAAAGAUAUUUGUGUAUUAAAGUGUACAUUGUCACAACAAAAAAUGGAGUAAAUACCAUAUAUGUAAAUGUACCCUCUAGAAAAACUGAACAUUAUGUACAUCUACUACACCCAAGAUUACCAUUUCCACUGGUGAAACCAGAGAAUACAACAUAUAGCUGCAGUAAGGUGGUGGCAUA